UUCAGUUGCGCUCACUGAGCGCCGGAGAUCCACUGUGUCUGCUGCUCUGCGACGAAGCCGAAGACAGAAGACGCUCCGGGGAUUGCCUUGAGAGUUUAUUCCCGCUCAGCCCUGCUUCGCUUUUGGAUAUAACUCUCCGAUCUGCAGCUGGUAAGCCGUCAUCCAGCUUUGAACAUGGCCAAAAGGAAGAUGGAUAGCAUCGGGCGGAACGGGAUGGUGGCACUUAUGCUGCUGUGUAAUCUAACAAAGAUGUUUGUGAAGGCAAGCCUAGAGGUCAAUGAAACCCAGCAGCAGCAUCCCACCAACGUCUACCAUGACAUCGGACUCACCAGGAACAAGAUAGUUACAGCACAGUUUGAGUGCUAUCAAAAGAUAAUGAAGGACAAUACCAACAACAAACAAGAGCCCAUGUGUAAUCGCACGUGGGAUGGCUGGCUGUGUUGGGACGACACCAAGGCAGGUGUCUCCUCAGACCAGCACUGCCCAGACUACUUCCAGGAUUUUGAUCCUUCAGAGAUGGUUACGAAGAUUUGCACUGACACUGGUCAUUGGUUCCAGCAUCCUGAGAGCAACAGAACAUGGACCAACUACACCCGCUGCAAUGAACACACCAAUGAAGGCAGAGUGACUGCAAUGAAUCUCUUCUACUUAGCCCUCAUCGGACAUGGACUGUCAUUGACCUCCCUCUUCAUCUCUCUCGGAAUAUUCUUCCAUUUCAAGAGUUUAAGUUGCCAAAGGAUCACUCUUCAUAAAAACCUCUUCUUCUCUUUUGUCCUGAACUCUGUGAUCACCAUUAUUUGGUUGACAGCAGUGGCAAACAACCAGGAACUGGUGCAGAGGAAUCCAACAAGCUGUAAAGUGUCCCAGUUCAUUCAUCUCUACCUGUUUGGCUGCAAUUAUUUCUGGAUGUUGUGCGAGGGAAUAUAUCUGCACACUCUCAUCGUGGUGGCUGUGUUUGCUGAGAAGCAGCACCUGAUGUGGUACUAUCUUCUCGGCUGGGGUUUCCCUCUUAUUCCUGCUACCAUACACGCCGUUGCUCGAAGUUACUACUACAAUGACAACUGUUGGAUUAGCUCCAAAACAUCGCUACUCUACAUCAUCCACGGUCCCAUCUGUGCUGCUCUCUUGGUCAACUUGUUCUUUUUACUCAACAUCGUGCGAGUGCUUAUCACCAAACUGAAGGUGACCCACCAAGCAGAGUCGAGUCUCUAUAUGAAGGCAGUGAGAGCCACCCUCAUCCUGGUGCCUCUUCUAGGAAUUCAGUAUGUCCUGCUUCCCUACAAGCCGGAGGGACGGGUUUCCUCUGAAAUAUACGACUACAUCAUGCACAUACUAAUGCAUUACCAGGGUUUGCUGGUGGCCACCAUCUUCUGCUUUUUCAACGGAGAAGUCCAAGCGGUUCUGAGGAGGCACUGGAACCAGUAUAAUAUCCAGUACGGCAGCAGCGUUGGGACCCACUCAGACGCCAUGCGCUCCGCCUCCUACACAGCUACCUCCAUCACUGAGGUACAGGGCUGCUACAGCAUCGACAGCCACUCAGAACACAUGAAUGGCAAAGGCUGCCACGACGCAGAUGCCUCUAUCUUCAAAUCAGACAACCCCUUCGCCUGAGGACAGCACUCUUUCCAAGCUCUGUCCAGCCCCCACACCCCCCUUACCCCAACCCCCCUUUUCCAAACUGCAGCAUGUUUGGAGCUCCGUGGCAACCAGGACACCAGGGACUGAGAACUCAUCCCCUCUUAUAGAUACGAUGUGGGAAGCAAAACUUAAGGAAAAGGAUUGUUUACCCACCCGAAGGAAACUGACACCUCUCUGUCACACGACAUAGGCCCUUUAACAGUACUGUGAGGUGAGCUCGAUACAACUAUUCCUGCGCUGUUUCUUCUACAAUUUAAAAACUGAACUGCUUCACGCGGACUGAGAUGCAUUCUGAUAAUCACAAUAUUGUUGCGAUCUCUCUGCCUGGCAAAAUUGUUUUUAAAUGGAUGAAUAUUAACUGUUUGACUGUCCUUCUGGGAUCAUGUCGUGCACAAAAAGCCUUUGGUUACACUGUAAAUUCUUUUGACAAUGGUUAGUGCCAAACCAAGAAAUCCUUGCCUGCCUCAUUUAUCAUUAUUAUUAUUAUGAUUAUUAUUAUGAUUAUUAUUAUUAUUUCUUCAUUACAUGGCGGAGAUAGGAAAUAGGCGCAUUUAUAAUAUAUUAAAACUAUGUUAUAUCUUUCAAAUAUUAAACUUAAUUUAUCUGAACAUAUUAUUGUUGAUAAAAUGAACAUUAGAUAAAUACCAUACAGUAUUUAUUAAAGUUGACAUGCUACAUUUAUUUUUUUUCAACGUUAGCUAAUUAAUUACUUUAUUACUCAUUGCCAGCUUCACAUAAACUUUCAAAGCAUUUAUUGUUUGUUUCAGUAUGUGUCUUUGUGUGCAGUUAGUUCUACCAUUAGCCCACAGGCUACUUUUUUUUUUUUUUUUUUUUACAUGAUUUCAAUGUUUGAGUGUUUGAGUUUGAAUGUUUAAGUGACAACAAAAUAAUCUUAUCACCGAGUAGCCAUCAUGAAAUCACAUGUUCCCUGAUAUCUGCUCAUUACACUUGAAUGUAAGUUUAAAAACCUGGUCCUGCUCAAUAUGAAUACAUCACAUUCCCAUUCACUGCUGUCUUUAGCCUUACUCCUCUCUAAUGAUUUAAAUAUAAUCCAUACACCCAUUCCCAGGUGUUCAGACCAUCAGCACUGCAUUAAAAAGACCCUCAGGGCUGCGUUUGUGGGGACAUGUUGCUAUAGAUUGAUGGCCAGUUUUAGUGAUACGACUUUCAGCUUUAAAGGAUAGCGUCAAGUUUUAUCAACAUGCUACCGUAUAUGUACGGUUGGUCGUUGCCAUCAUUCGUUCUGUUCAUACUGGCCAUGAAGCCCUUCCCUUGUAGAGUGUGAUGCUAAUUUGAAGCUAAUUACAGCUUCAGCAUUUCUGAGUCAUCCAAGUCCAGCUUGUAACUUCAUGCUAGCACUUAAAAUAAACCUGUUUGCUUGUAGUUAUUUUUCCACUGUUUUGUCCAGGUGGCAAACAAACCGACAUGCAGCUCACACAACUCAGCAAAGAAACACAGUCCAGGGAGACAAAUAAAAGGAAUUUUGUGCAACAAAGACGCUAACAUUAGUAGGUGCCAACCCAUUCGGAGAACUCAGAAUGCGUCGUAAGCUUCAGCUAAAAUUAAGGAGCACUUUUGCACUGAACGACACAUUAUGUUACGUUAGCGUUAGCGUUAAGAGAUAGCUUCACAUUUCUAAAGGAGAGGGAGAAUUAUAACAGCAACCAAUAACUCUCUUAACAUACAUGGCAUGUGAGUAUUGUAUUAAGAUAAAAUGUGAACCUAUUCUUCACAGUUAUUAGACACCAAAACA